UCUUCUCAAUUGCCUUCGAGGGCCCCUCUGCCUUCCACUUCAACACGACUGCGAGAUCUGCGGAUGGCGAUGAAGGAGGCACGAUAUGCUCGGCAACACUGUGGCCUCCUCUACAGUUUGGAGUGUCUCAAGUCCGUUCUACUUGCCGAACACGUGGCUGGGGCCAAGGAGGCAGCGGAGACACCGGAUGGAAGUGAAUGCAACGUAGAGUUUUUCUGCGAUGUUGAUGUAGGUCGAUGGGUUGUAAUUUUAAUGCAUUUGGGGAAUGUGUGUCACUAUUCUGCUCUUAUGGACAGUGAACUUGUUGAAAUUCGACUUGAUUGCCGUCUCGAGACGCUGCACUCGGUGUUGGUUGACAAGGUUGGCAUUAACUCGCUCUUGUCAUUCCCGCUUUUUACGCACCCCACCGCUGCGACCAUUGCAUUAUAUUCAAGCAUUGGCGAGACCUGCUUUGAGAUGAAUCGAAUGCUCAAAGACGUACACCCGUCCCACGCAAUGGAGGACAACUUCUCCCUGAAUCUGGAUGAUCCACACAGUAGGUCUUUGCUAAACGAAAUUGAGAGAAUAAUCUCGGUUGGCGCUCCGGAGGAAGAGGAGGUGGUAGAGGCACGACCAAUGGAAAGGCAUGGUUAG